AAGCCUGGACAUUCGGAGCGCCAGAUUCGACAUGGAAAAGGCUCCUGGGACACCGUCCUAGAUACUCUAAGGGAACAUUCCCGCCACCUCCACUUUGGAAACCAGCAGGGGUUAGAAUAGAACAUUUGAAAAUAGUCCGUAGAGCUAAAGGACACACUAACGAGAAACUUUUUAAAUCCCCCGCCUUUAGAACGCUACCCGCAGAUUCGACACAGCUUACGCAGCCGGGAAGCUUUUCCCGCCAAGACGCGGAAGGUCACAGAGGGGCUGCCCUUCGCUGCCGGAGAGGAGGACGGGCCGGGAAACUGAGGCUGUCAGAUACCGGGCCUCUGAUGACGGUGUGGCUGAUGGAGUAGCCGCUUCGUGUUCGGGACACUGGCGAAGCCGGCUGGACAGGUGUCCGCUCGAAAAGGAGGUGGCCUUUGCUCCCUCACGGUUUUCCAGCGCUCCUAGGAUUAAGCUGUUGCACCUGGCGCUUCACUUGCGAAGUCUCGCUGAUUCUUUUGAAUCAAUACCCGGACAAGGCCUGACUGCCUGAAUGAGAUAGAGCCACAGUGGGCCACCUCGCAGAUGCUGCCGCUGGGAUAGGUCCUCGUAACUCUAUGGUGGUAUUCAUGGAACGGCAGUGUUCUCAUUCCCAGCGCUGUAGAGAUCCACGGAGUUAGUGGAUACCUUGUUGCCUUGGUUUACUUAUCCGCAAAACAAUUCCAUUGAAAAACUUGGCAACAAGAAAUGGACUCUAUGUAUUAAAGGUUAGUGCUUCUUUUAAUGAUAAAAAUCAUUUUGCUAUGUUGGAAGACACAACUUUGGAAGAAGAUAUCUGGGAAUACAAAUCUAAAAGAAAACCAAAACCAGUACAUCCAAGUGGUUGCUCUGAACAUAUUCCAAAAUCCGGUGAACAAGCAACAGAUGGAAGAAACCAGCCGAAACCAAACAGAAACAAAAAAAGAACCAAAGGAGCUAAAGCAAAGGUGAAAGACCAUGCAAGGCUCCUUGGAGAAACAGACUGUCAGACUUGCAUAGCAGCUAGCCAGGGUUCCGACUGUGGAGAUGGGAUUCCGCCGUCCCAAGACACACAGGGCACACCACGAAAGCGCUGUAGGACUCGCCCAAACAAGCAAGUGUCCCCAAAGACACGGCCAGUUUACAGUGGACACUGUCCAAACUGCCAGAUGCCUUUUUCUUCGCUGCUGGGCCAAACCCCCCGGUGGCAUGUUUUUGAAUGUUUGGAUUCUCCUCCCGUCUCUGAAACAGAGUGUCCUGAUGGUCUUCUGUGUACCUCAACCAUUCCUUCCCAUUACAAGAGAUACACUCACCUCCUGCUUGCCCGGAGUAGGGCUGGUAAUAGUCCCCCCAGCAGCCCAGUGCGGGAGUCAGGUGGUGGCUUCAGUGAGACUAAUUCAGGCUUGCUUUGUUCCCUUGAGGAAAAAUGCUCUCUGUAUCAGAAACAAACUGGGAACUUAAAAAAUGUUUCAAACGAUCCCUUGUUAAUGACAGAAUGUCUAAAAAAAUCUCAUUCUCCUACUGAAACUGAUAAAAAGAUCUCUUCUACAAAUUCUCAAAUGUCCCAGCAAGCGCUACAAUUUACAGAUGCUGUUAAGAAAGACAAAUUGGUAGGAGUUGCUUUGCCUCUUGCCGAUGAGAUGUUAAACAGCCAAAGCAACUCAAAACAUAUAAAUUUGUCAUUGCCAGAAAAUGAUGUUAGCAACUGUGAAAUCUCCUAUUCUCCACUUCAGAGUGAUGAAGACACUUCUGAUACAGAUGAAAAUCUGGAUGGUUCACAACAGGAACUAUUUUGUACUGAGAGCUCUAAAGAUGGCAGCCUAGAGGACAAUGGCAACUCUACUUCAUUUGAAAAACUCCAUGGGUCCUCACUGCAGGACCAAGAGGAGAGCUCCCACGAAGCAAAUAGCUUCUUAACUCAGGACAAGUACAAUGAAGAAGUGUACAGGUCCAGUGCUCUAAAUAAUUCGUCUCAGCUUAUCCCCCCAAAUAAUGAGAGUAUUAUUUUAUAUGAUGAGUCGGCAAGUAAUGAUGUUUAUUCUCUGCUGUUUCCACCUGCAUUAGCAGAGGCGUUUGCUGCCUCUAAUUAUCAGGCCCCUAAAACAAAACUCGAUAAGCCAGAAUUUCACUCAUCUCAAAGGGAUAAACAGAAAGAGCGGACUGAAGAGUCAGCUGUUCACAAUCAAGCUUCCCUUCCAGCACUUAAAAGCGAAGAGUCAAAAGCUUUGGAAAACCAGAGAGGAGGGUAUCUUUCUUUGCAUCCAAGUCAAAGUAAAAUUAGAGCGUUAUCGGGUGAGAACCUCAGUGCUAAGAACAAUGCGAAUUCAGCAUGUUCCUGCAGGAAGACAUUAGACAAUAGGCCAGAUGGUGGUAAAGUCACAGUUUUAAAUAGAGAAAGAAUUUCUAGCACACCUCCUUCGGCUGAGUCUUUGAAAAUAUUGCCCUCUGGUCCUAAGUGUGAUUCAAGACAGCCUUCUACUAAGGUAAUGAAGCAGACGGACAUAGGUGUGUAUUUUGGACUACCACCCAAAAGAAAAGAAGAGAAAUCGCCGAAGGGAAGUGCGUUAGAAGGGGUGGACCUAAACCAAGCUCAAAGUCCCAAUGCAAAGAGGUCCCGGCAGUGCAAGAGGAAAGCAGAAACAUCUUUAAGUGAUUUAGAACUUGAUGCAAAGAAUGUAAACGAGAGUCCGCUCUCUGUGGAGCUUCCUAACGAGAGAUCACAGCGUCAGAGAAAGCGACGUAAGAAGUCAAGUUCGCUACAGGAAGAAGUAUGUCAGAAGAGGUCAGAUCACCUUGCUAGUAAUCCACUAUCCAGAACAGUCAAUUUAAGUGGAGACGAAGUCUUCGUAAGAUCCGCUCAUGGUGGGCUACAAAGAAGAAACUCAAAGAUCUCAGAGUCGUCUGCUGCAAGAGAAUUAAGAAAAAGGACAUGCCCGUUCUAUAAGAAAAUACCUGAAGCUGGCUUUACGGUGGAUGCCUUUCAGUAUGGCGUGAUUGAAGGCUGCUCCGCCUAUUUUCUCACACAUUUUCAUUCUGAUCAUUAUGCGGGGUUGUCUAAAAACUCCACAUUUCCAGUUUAUUGCACUGAGAUAACUGGCAAUUUGUUGAAAAACAAGCUUCAUGUGCAAGAACAAUAUAUCCAUACAUUGCCAAUGGACACUGAAUGUGUAGUGAAUGGUGUGAAAGUUGUUUUGCUUGAUGCCAAUCACUGUCCAGGUGCCGCCAUGAUCCUUUUUCAUCUUCCUAACGGUACUGUCAUGUUGCACACUGGAGACUUCCGGGCAAACCCCAGCAUGGAACGUUCUCUUCUUGCGGGCCAGAAAGUCCACGUGCUGUACUUGGACACCACGUAUUGCAGCCCAGAAUAUACCUUUCCAUCUCAGCAAGAGGUUAUCCAGUUCGCCAUCAACACUGCCUUUGAGGCUGUAACUCUAAACCCACGUGCUCUCAUUGUCUGUGGCACCUAUUCUAUUGGAAAAGAGAAAGUCUUCCUAGCCAUUGCUGACGUUUUAGGUUCAAAAGUGGGUAUGUCCCAAGAAAAAUAUAAAACAUUACGGUGCCUCAAUAUACCAGAAAUUAAUUCCCUCAUCACUACAGAUAUGUGCAGUUCAUUGGUUCACCUUCUCCCAAUGAUGCAAAUUAAUUUCAAGGGAUUACAGAGUCAUUUGAAGAAGUUUGGUGGGAAAUAUGAUGAGAUUUUGGCAUUUCGACCAACAGGAUGGACUCAUUCUGACAAGCUAACAACUAUGGCUGAUGUUAUUCCCCAGACCAAAGGAAAUAUUUCAAUAUAUGGAAUUCCUUAUAGUGAACACAGCAGCUACCUAGAAAUGAAACGCUUUGUCCAGUGGCUGAAACCCCAGAAAAUCAUACCUACCGUAAAUGCUGGCACUUGGAGGUCUAGGAGCAGAAUGGACAAGUAUUUUAAGGAGUGGAAAUUGGAAGCUGGAUAUUGAUGAGUCCAUGGAGGACUCAGUCGUAGCUAAGUACUUGAGGUGUGGCUCGUGAGUAGUGGUAUCUACAGUGAUAUGAAAUACACUUUAUGGGAAAAACCUCAUGAAAAUCACUCAUAGUUUUUAUUUUCUCAUUUAUGUUCGAACAACUUGUUCAUGGUGCUGAAUGCCCCUCAUCAUCCUCAAAGAACUGAGACUGGGAUCUCUUUAGUACCCGGGAUGCUGGAUGCAGCUGUAUUCUGCGCAAAGCCUUAAGGGAGGAAGCAAAGGCAAGUUCAGGGACCAAAAGGAUUCAUGACAAUGGAUAAACUAGAUUGACAGCAUAAUAUAUAAGUAAUUAUGUAUCUUUAAAAUUAUGAGAUUAAACUUUUAUAUAUACAUACUUAAAUAAAAGUUAAUAUGAGCUU